AGCUUAACUGGAAUAUGCGUCCCCUCGGAUGCGCGCGCUCGCUCUCCACUCUCGCCCCCUACUCUCUCUCUCGCUCUCGAAAAGAAAUCCAGGGUUUCUCCGCCAAGAACCUAGGGUUUCUUCCCCCUUCUCUUCUUUCCCUCAAACCCUAGUCGAGAACGCGAAGUCAACUAGUCAAGGAUCAGAGAGAGAAGCUAAUGGCGGGAGCGCAAGGAGGACGGAAGACGAAGCGGGAAGGCAAGGCAGAAGCCUCGGGAUCGGGGAAUGCCCACGACGUGGCCCAGAAGGCGGGGAAGCGGAAGACAGGAUCCGUGUCGUGGGAGGAAGAAGUGCCCGCCUCUAGGCUUGUGAGGGAGAGAAAGGCCGUGGAUAGGUUUGUGCCGGGGCCGCAGCCGAAUGAGAAGGUCCGAGAACCGAAGGUCUUUUCUAUUGAGCAGUGGUCUUCAAGCUGUCAAAGGGAAAGUCUGAUGAGAAUCUUCAAGUUCUUCACACAAUUCUUUAUGGAAGAAAAUCAAAUGUAUACUCUUGGAAGAAGAACAUUCUACAGUUUUCUGGUUUUGUUUGGGCUGAAAAUGAGGAAAAAGAGAGGGCCAAAGUUAAAGAACAGCUCCAUAAGUGUAAUAAAGAAAGAUUGCUGCUUUUCUGUGAGUUGCUUGACAUCCUGGAUAUGAAAGCCACCACAAAAAAGGAAGAAGUCUCAGCCAGAUUACUGGAAUUUUUGGAAUCUCCACAUGUUACCAGACAUGUUGUACUUGCUGAGAAUAGGGGCAGAAAACAGAAGAGCAUCAAAGAGUCUAGUCAGAAGGCACAUGGAGAAACACUUUCUAAUAUAGAAAACAAGAAACAGAAAAGGAGUCCCAGCGAGGAAGUAAAGAACUUUCACCCAAACAAGGGUUCUUCCAAGGAGCCAAUGAGAAAAGGUUCUAAGGCUAAGCUGAAGGAGAAAGCUGUUUCAGUCAAAAAAAAUUCUGUGAAAAUCACCAAAAUCACAUCAAAAAAGAGUGCUGCUGUUAAUAACAGAGAUUCUGGCCAGUCUUCAACAUUCAAUCCCCAAAUGAAGGGUAAAAAGGAUGGCCAGAAUGAUGAAAAGAAAGCAACUGUGGUCAAGAAGACAGUUGGAAAAAAGGCUGCUAAGUCUGCAUCAAAUGUUUCCACCAAGGGAAAAGGAAAAGUGAAAGUUGGCAGGAAGCCUCCCCCGGAACCCACAGAAGAAGAGAUGCGGGCUGUCGUCAUGGAUUUUGCGGACGAAUUCGAGUUCCAAAAAAUUAGUGCGGGUGAUAUCUUCAGGCAAUUAGAGGCUUACUUCAAAAUGGACCUAAGUCACAGAUGGGAAGAGGUAAGGCGCAUCAUUGACGAUGUGUUCACCGAUGAUGAAGAGGAUAAUCAAGACAAUGAUGCUGAUGCUUCAAGAGGAGACGAUGCAGAAAGGUCGGGAGAGGAUGCUGGAGAAGAAGAAGUUGCAGAAGGGUCGGGUGAGGAUGCUGGAGAAGAAGAAGAUGUAGAAGGGUCGGGUGAGGAUGCUGGAGAAGAAGAAGAUGCAGAAGGGUCGGGCGAGGAUGCUGGAGAAGAAGAAGAUGCUGAAGGAUCGGGCGAGGAUGCUGGAGAAGAAGAAGAAGAUGCAGAACGAUCGGGCAAGGAUGCUGGAGGAGCAGAAGAAGAUGCAGAAGGAUCGGGCGAGGAUGCUGGAGGAGCAGAAGAAGAUGCAGAAGGAUCGGGCGAGGAUGCUGGAGGAGAAGAAGACGCAGCAGAAGGGUCGGAUGAGGAUGCUGGAGAAUAAAUACAGAGGAAGGCUUACAAGGUGGUGAUGUGUACUGUAUAUGAAUGCUUGUCGAAAUGGAUUCGCCAGCUUUCACUAA